CCGCCCGGGGGACGCCAGAGCCGGGCUUGCGGCGCCGGGGGAGCGAGCGAGCUGAGCGGCGGGUGCGGGGCCAGCGCCAUGGCGGAGAGAUGCGAUGUGGUCGUGGUUGGGGGCGGCAUCUCAGGUCUCUCAGCAGCCAAACUGCUCACUGAGUCAGGCCUGAGCGUGGUGUUGCUGGAAGCUAAUGACAGGGUUGGCGGAAGAACUUUCACCGUAAGGAAUAAGCAAGUUAAAUAUGUGGAUCUUGGAGGAGCUUAUGUGGGACCAACACAAAAUCGUCUUCUGCGGUUGUCUAAAGAGUUAGGAAUAGAGACGUAUAAAGUGAAUGAAGUUGAGCACCUGAUACACCAUGUCAAGGGUAAGUCUUACCCCUUUAAAGGUGCUUUCCCUCCUAUGUGGAAUCCACUGGUCUACCUGGAUUACAACAACCUAUGGAGAACUCUGGAUGAAAUGGGAAAAGAGAUUCCAAAUGAAGCCCCAUGGAAGGCUCCACAUGCCGAAGAGUGGGACAAAAUGACUAUGAAAGACUUACUGGAUAAAAUUUGCUGGACAAAUGCUGCCAAGAGUUUUGCAACUCUGUUUGUGAAUGUGGAUGUCACUUCUGAACCCCACGAGGUCUCUGCCCUUUGGUUUUUGUGGUAUGUGAAGCAGUGUGGAGGAACAGUGAGGAUAUUCUCAACAACUAAUGGAGGGCAGGAGAGAAAGUUUGUUGGGGGCUCUGGCCAGAUCAGUGAGAAAAUCAUGGAGCGCCUGGGAGGCCGGGUGAAGCUGAGGAAGCCAGUCAUCCGCAUCGACCAGUCGGGUGAAAGUGUCAUAGUGGAAACCUUAGAUCAUGAAUUAUAUGAGGGCAAAUAUGUGAUCAGUGCCAUUCCCCCUGCUCUUGGUUUGAAGAUUCAUUUCAACCCACCUUUGCCACCAAUGAGAAACCAGCUCAUCAACCGAAUCCCCAUGGGCUCAGUCAUCAAGUGUAUUGUGUACUAUAAGGAAACUUUCUGGAGAAAGAAGGGGUAUUGUGGCACCAUGAUCAUUGAAGAUGAGGAUGCUGCAAUUGGUUUAACACUUGAUGAUACAAAGCCUGAUGGCAGCUUUCCUGCCAUAAUUGGCUUCAUUCUUGCUCGGAAGUGUAGAAGACUGACGGGUCUCACGAAAGAAGAAAGGAAGACAAGGCUGUGUGAGCUCUAUGCAAAGGUUCUGGGAUCAGAGGAGGCUUUACAUCCAGUGCAUUAUGAAGAGAAGAACUGGUGUGAAGAGCAGUAUUCUGGGGGCUGCUACACAGCCUACUUCCCACCAGGCAUAAUGACUCAGUAUGGAAGGAUCAUUCGGCAGCCCAUUGGCAGGAUCUAUUUUGCUGGCACAGAGACAGCCACUGAGUGGAGCGGAUACAUGGAGGGAGCUGUACAGGCUGGAGAAAGAGCUGCCAGAGAGAUACUGUUUGCUAUGAGGAAAAUCCCAGACAGUGAAAUCUGGAAGCCAGAACCUGAAUCAACUGAUGUUCCAGCUUUGCCCAUCACUACAACCUUUUGGGAGAGGAACUUGCCAUCUGUGCCGGGACUGCUAAAGCUGCUUGGAUUUUCCACUUUCUUCACUUCCAUGGCUGCGGUGGGAUUAUUUGCUUACAAAAAAGGACUUCUGGUUCGAAACUGAAAAAGAUGUGUCAUGCUGUGAUAGUGCUGUGGAGUUUAUCACCACUACAGGAUUAAAAAGAAGGAUUUGCUGCUAUUUCCUCAACAUCUUCUACAUAAAAGGAAUAUGUGGCACUUUGUUUAUGUGGGUGCCAGUGUGAUGAGAAAAUUGACAAAUGUAUGUAGAGAAUCCAGUUGCUUCCCCACAGGUAGAGGAAACUGUUGUAACUGGUUUACUUUUUUUUUUUUUUUAAUUCCUAUAUGCCAACCCUUCAAAGAGAGGAAUGAAUUCUGGUUUAAUGGGUAACCAGUCAUGCUAUAUUCUUAAUUUAUUAACCUGUUUGAUAAGAAAUCUGCUAUCGUGAAAGUUCUGGCACUUUACCAGCUUCGUAAAAUAUGUUAUAGGAACAACUGUGGAAGUAAUUGUAUUUGUCUCUUAUAAACUGAUUUAUGUUACCAUGCAUAUUUUGUAAGGUUCUUAAAACUCUGCAAAAAAAAGAGAUUUACUUGUUUGUACACUGUUCUGAUAGCAACAUAUACUGCAAAGGAUGUCAGGUCAUGGCCUAAAAAUCUAUGUUAAUGUAAGUACUCAAAAGCUAAUCAUGUAAACUAUUUGGCAGUAACAAUGAAGUGCACAAUCUGAGGCAGCCCCUUGUCUUUUCUCUAACUAGUGCAUUUUUUUUCUCAAUGCAGAACUUGAUUCCAAAUAGCACAUCUGCUGUCAAAACAACAAAUACAUUAGUCGCAAUUAAGUAUAUGUCUGAACAUUGUCCCUCACUGGAACCCAAAGUCUGGAGGAGAAGCUAGGGACGUCUUUGAAAAUAAUCUUCCUGUGUCCUCAGUCAGAUAAUUGUUUUCACUGAGGUAGACUUUAAAGUGCAGAAAUUUUUAGUUUUGGGGUUUUUUUAAGACAUGAAAGAAAAAUACUUUUGAGGAAGAAAGAAUUGUAUGUCCUUCAAAUGUACUUGGAUGCAAAAGGAAGCCAGGAUUAAAUGACAGUGGAUCUGCCACUGCUCUCAGGCAAAAGGCACACCCACUUAAAUUACAGAUUACAAAUGCUCCCAUAUAAACCUGACCUGUGUUUAAAUGGACUAAUGUUCUCUCUCCUAUCUACACCACCUUAAGAUUACCUUGAACUUAACAGUCUGUUCUUCAAUAGAGAUAAAAAUGAGAUGGCCAAAGCAGUCUUUCUUUCAUAGUAUCUCUACAGUCAAAUCCUUUAGGCAUUGUCAUAGACUGCCACUUACAGCUUGUCUCCUGUGGUCAUGUACAGGUCAUUGUUCAGUGAUGCCUGCAUCUGUGUUUUGGAAAAAAAGAGUGACUUCACUUUGCAGGAAUAUAUAUGCUGUGUGUGAGAUGAAUUUGUGCCUUUUAUAACUGUAGCAUUUUCUCAAGUGCCUCUGUGGUGACUGUUUCCCUUGGUUUCCUUCUUAAGUUCCCUUUUCAAUAGGCUCUGCAGAUAUUUUUAUCUGACAGCUGUGGACUUUUUUUAACCUUAAUUAGAAUAAAUAAAUAUUGUCAUGUUGUA